UCAAAAAAGAAAAGAAAACUAGCCGUUAUUACCAUCAUCUUCCUUCUCUCACUAAGCCCACGAUCCCCACCUCCUCAGCUCCCAUACAGAGAUCACUUCAAAACCCUAAUCGCUCUCUCUCUCUCUCUCUCUCUCUCUCUCUCUCUCUCUCACUGCUGCAAGAAUGUUCACCGAAGGGUUAGAUCAGAAUGCAAUCAACUGGGUCAAGCAGGACACAGAUGUAGCUCAGAGACCUCGCUCUCCCCUUACAGAAUAUCAAGCAAAUUCAUCUUCGAGUCUGCAGUUGUUAUGCGAAAGCAGCAAAUUUUACUCGCCAAAAAGUCUGCCUCCUUUAAAAUUCAACUCAGGCUUGAUAUCCCCUGCAAAGUUGCAUUCAGGUUUGUUAGGGCUUCAGCCGAGCAUCUACACUGAUUCAGAGGAUGAGAAUGAGAGCGUGGGUUCUCCCGAGGGAUUUUAUGCCCAUUUUUCAGACAACUAUGAGGAUGAAGAUUCUGAAUCCUUCGACUCUCUGUCGUGUGAGAAAUCUAAGAACGCAACUUAUGAUGAAGAGGUGAUUUCAGCCCAUGAUCCUGCAAUAACUAGGCAACAGCGCCCUUUGGCUAGAGGACUCUCUAAGGAGAACUUAAGGGUCAAUGUAACAGCUGCUAGAAAUUCCAUCUUGGAGCAAAAUGGACUGCCUGAUUCACGAGGUUCUAUUUAUCAUGAUUGUAUGAGCUCAAGUUUUCAAGAACUGGGUACACCGAGUGCACCUCCUAUUGCUGAAAGUGAAAUAGAAGGGAGUGAAUUGGAAGUAGAAGAUCUCUCAAAGCCCACAUAUGAAAGUGUCAAAGUCUCGUCGGAUUUGGGGAUGCAGAAAACUGAUGAACUACCUCCAAGAACCACUUCUCGGGACGGAGACAUGCUUUCUGAUCAAAUGCCAUGUUAUACUACAAGUGUCCAGAGCGCAUGGCAGAGCUUUGUGGCCUAUGAUGCAUGUUUCCGCCUGUGCCUUAAUUCUUGGGCGAAAAACUGUAUUGAGGCAACAGAAUUUCUUAGGGACGAGUGCAUGGUUCUCCGUAAUGCCUUUGGCAUACAGAAGUUUUUGCUCCAACCACGAGGACAUAUUCAGGAGGGAGGGAGGUCGGAUAAUACAGAACGCACAUGCAGUAGAAAAGGAAAGAACGUAAUUGAACAGGUCAAGAUUGAAGUGAAACGAGUUCGCAUGGUUCCAUGGAGAAGGAGACUUCGGGCUACAUCAUCUCAACGAGAUCUAUAUUUGCAGAUGGGGGCUGAGUAUGUAAAACAUGUGACAACAAUCAUGAAAAGUCAUCUUAAUUCGUUAAAAUCAUCUCCACUAGCAGCCUCUACUGAAGAAGCUAUUUCAUGCUCAUUACAAUUGAAAAGUUCCGGUGAAGGCUCAGAGUCCGGUUCACUUUUCUACUUAAGACCUGGAAGUGGAGAUUCGCAUGUCUUCUAUCCUGAGAACCCAACAGAUGCACUUUACAUAGAAGUAAGAGAUAUUAACAAGGGAACCCACGGGCGGGCAAUAGUUGAAAUCUCUUCUCUGGCUGACCAUCAUGGGGAAGUAGUUAGAUGGUGGCCACUAUACCUCGGGGAUCAUGAAUGUAUAGGCAAGGUUGAGCUUUGUAUCAGUGUAUCUGGCUCUUCUGAGAAGGCAAACCCUUCAAAGGGUGGUCCAGUAGUUGAAACCCUUAUCUACGAUAUGGUAUUAGAGGCAGCAAUGCGCGCUCAACAUUUCCAUCCGAAAAAUUUGCACACAAAUGGAGUGUGGAAGUGGCUGCUGAAUGAGUUUGCUGAUUAUUAUGGAGUAUCAGAAGCAUAUACAAAGCUCAGGUAUCUUUCAAAUGUCAUGAAUAUUGCUACACCCACUAAGGAGUGUCUGGAGCUUAUCUAUGAGCUCCUGUUACCUGUUGUAAAGGCUCGAAGUGAGAAAUCUCUAACCAGACAAGAGAGAAGCAUACUGUUAGAUUGUGAAGAUCAGAUCAAAAUGCUACUGGCAACUACUUUUCAGAACUACAAGUCACUGGACGAACUCUCUCCCACUGGGUUAACAGACAUAUUUGGUCCCAUACCAGAGUCUGCAGCACCUGCUCUGGCACCUGCAGUGCAAAUUUUCACCCUUCUUCAUGAUGUGCUGUCACCCGAAAGUCAAAGCAUACUGAGAAAUUAUUUCUUGACUGCAGCAGCAAAAAGGUGUAAGCGAUAUAUGUUGGAGACUGAAGAGUUCAUUUCAAGCAACACUGAAAGUUUUCUCACGGACGCUAUGACCAUCUCUACAGCUUAUCUCAAAAUGAAGACAUUGUGUUUGAACAUAAGCCAUGAGAUUGAAGCAGAUAUAAAGAUACAUAAUCAGCACAUACUUCCGAGCUCAAUAGAUCUACCAAAUAUAUCUGCAUCCCUUUACAGCACUGAGCUAUGCAAGAGACUCCGAAGCUUUCUAGCUUCUUGUCCUCCAUCCAAGCCCUCAACACAUGUUACCAAACUGUUGAUUGCUGCUGCAGAUUUUGAGAGAAAUCUUGCCUCAUGGAGUAUCAGUCCUGUUCCUGGUGGCGUAGUUUCAAAAGACUUGUUUCAUAAUUACAUCGUGGUUUGGAUCCAAGAUACCCAGCUUCAAUUGCUUGACCUUUGCAAGGCUGAGAAGGUGCUUCCUUAUCAAAUCUCAACACAUUGUGCUACAUCUCCUUUUGUUGAGAGCAUGUAUGAUCAGAUAAGAGCCAGCUUAAACGAGUAUGAGGUUGUGAUCAAUAGGUGGCCUCAAUACUUGCUAAACUUGGAAAGUUUUGUGGCUGACAUAGAAAGAGCAGUGAUGAAAGCACUUGAGAAGCAAUACUCUGAUAUAUUGUUGCCUUUGAGAGACGGCAUCCCGAAGAUGAUCGAAAAGCAGGUGCAGAAGUUUACAAGAAAACAAUCUUGUAUAUCCCCCUAUGUCGUCCCUAAUCAAUUGGGGACAUUUCUGAAUACUGUCAAGAGAAUUCUUGACGUGUUACACUGCAGGAUCGAAGCUAUUUUAAAAUCGUGGGCAUCAUAUUUGAUUGUUGCUGACUCUAAUCCAGUUUUCGGAGAGCAAAUGAAUGCAAUCACUGUGAUGUUAAGGAAAAAGUACAAAAAGUAUAUGGAAUCGAUUGUAGAGAAGCUCAUUACCAAUGCACAAGCAAAUAGGAGCACAAGGCUGAAAAGAAUCCUGGAAGAGAGUAAAGAAACAGAGGGCGAAACAGACAUCAGAGAGAGGAUGCAGGCUCUUUCUUGCUCACAGCUGACGGAUUGUAUAAGAAAUCUGUACAAUGUUUUCUCGAGCAGAAUCUUUGUAGCAAUCUGUCGCGGUUUAUGGGACAAAAUGGGACAGAUUGUUUUGAGCUUCCUGAGAGCGAAAGAGACAGAAUUGGUACAGAGGUCCAACUAUGCUCUCAGGCGGAAGCUCUGUUCAACGCCACUCGAUAAGGAUCUGGAUCCUCUGCGAUCGUGGUCGAAGCACGAUCUUAUCCUAUCUGCUGAUGGACUUGUAGAAAUCUGUCUGAUAUUUGUUGUGCUUUAA